GAUAUUUGGUAAGAGUAAAUGAUGAACUUUUCUCGUGAUCGUUAAACCCUAUUUAUUUCAUUUGUUUUUUUAAAAAAUGAGGGUUGCAAUAAUAGGGGCUGGAGCUAGUGGUCUUACCAGCAUAAAAUGCUGCAAAGACGAGGGUUUAGAGCCGGUUUGUUUCGAGCAGGAGGACUCCAUUGGAGGACUUUGGUAUUUUACCGAAGAGGAGAGACAUAGUUCCGUGUACAGGUCGACUGUAAUCAACACCAGCAAAGAAAUGAUGUGCUUUUCGGAUUUCCCGAUCCCUAAAGAAUAUCCUCCGUUCAUGCACCACCAAUUGAUCAUGAAAUACCUCCAUCUGUACGCGAAAGAAUUCGAUUUGUACAAAUGCAUUCGGUUCCGCAUCAAGGUGGUUGACCUUAAGAAAGCACCAGAUUUCGAAGAGAGCGGGAAAUGGGAAAUCCUAUUUCAAGAACUUGACGGCAAGAAUCCCGACGCGGUGAAUAAAGAAGUAUACGAUGCUGUGAUGCUUUGUGUAGGUCAUCACUCAGAGCCCUCGUGGCCUUCCUUUCCCGGUAUGGACGAAUUUUCAGGGCUCAAGAUCCACAGCCAUUCAUACAAGGACUUUAAACCAUUUGAAAACAAGAAAGUCCUAGUGGUUGGUAUAGGGAACUCUGGUGGUGAUAUUGCUGUGGAACUCAGUCGUCACACUCCACAAGUCUUUCUCAGUACUCGCAGAGGGGCUUGGGUCCUGUCCCGCAUGGGAAAGGGAGGUGAGCCUAUGGACCAGCAGUUCAUCAGGCGUGUCGGGUCUCUUGUACCCAUCUCACUUCGAAGAAGUCUUUUUAAAAAAAUAGUGAAUGAGAGAUUUGAUCACAAAGUAUUUGCACUGCAGCCUCAACAUCCAAUCACUGGUCAACACCCAAUGGUCAAUGAUGCUCUGCCACACCGCAUAAUAGUUGGAAGUGUUGUCAUCAAACCUAAUGUCAAGAGUUUUACCAAAUCUGGAGUUAUCUUUGAUGAUGAUACUCAAGUAAAUGACUUAGAUGCUGUGAUCUUCUGCACCGGGUACAAGAUAGGAUUCAGGUUCAUAGAUCAAUCAAUUCUUCCUGUGAAUGACAACAAAGUUGAGCUAUACAAAUAUGUGUUCCCCCUGAACCUUGCCAAACCAACACUUGCUGUUAUUGGCUGUGUACAGCCUCUUGGUGCCAUUUUUCCUCUGUCAGAGCUUCAGGGACGGUGGGUAACCCGAGUGUUUAAUGGGAAAACACCCCUUCCUCCUAACGAUUUCAUGAUGAAAGAUGUUGAAAUGAAAAGAGAGGCCAUGCAAAGAAGAUAUUACGCUUCUAAACGCCACACAAUUCAGGUUGAUUACAUUUCCUAUGCAGAUGAAUUGGCAAAUCAGGUUGGUUGCAGACCAAACCUGAUAAAGCUCUUUUUCAGCAAUCCUACGCUAGCCCUGAGUUGCUUUUUUGGACCCUGUACACCAGUUCAGUAUCGUCUAAUGGGCCCUGGUGCAUGGAAAGGAGCCAAGAAAGCUAUUGAAGAUGCUCCAGGAAAUGUGAUUUAUGCAACAAAGACACGCAUUUUACAAAAGAAGGAGCAGCAGGGAACUAACACAGCUGCUGUGUGUUUGAAGCUGUUAGCUUUGUUUGUUGUGCUCAUUUCCAUUAUCAUAAGAUUUUCAGCCGAAAACUUGAGUAGUUCAGAGGUGAAUUCACCAUGAAAUUCUGAUGAGUUCAGAGAAUAAUUCAUAAUCUAAAGAGGUAUGUGAUGUUGUAAUAUAUUGCUAGUGAUAUAAACCCACGAGGUCAAACAACAUGGCCGCUUCAACACAACUUUAUUCCAGCAAUGUAUUCUGGGUACAUACACAGUAACCCUAGAGGGUACUUAAUAUAUUACAGAUGUAUACUAACAGAGUAAGAGAGAUGGUAAGUUUUUCCAGGUAUGUUAUGGUUUGUUCAUCUACAAAUAUUUACCUAGUUGGUGGAAGUAGGUAGCAGAAGCAGUCCUGAAUCAUGCUCUUUUAUCUUUGUGAAUAGUUGCUAGUGUGCAAAUCACUGAGCACACCUUGCACAAAGUGACACACACCCAACAGUUACAGGGGCCUAUUGAUAGUGGGCACUGGAGGGUAGAUGAUGCACAAAGCCAUAUUUCAAGUUUGUUAAUCCAGCUCUCUUUGUUCAACUUUUGUUUAUUGUAUCCCUUUGCAUUUGUCUAGUUGACACUAGCAAACCGCUCUUCAAAUGCUACCUCAUCCCAAACAAAACAAUUUAAACUAAACAAACAAGCAAACAAACGACCCCUGUAAUAUCAUGACACAGUUUGGUACUGGUGUAUGACAUAGAUUAGUCUCGCCUUCUUUAUUUCUAACCUUUGCAAUGUUCAGACAGCCUUGUAGUUAAAACAUAUGAACCUCCAAAUGCCAUUAAAGGUUACCAACAGGUAUUAUAAUGUAGCUUUAGGUGUGUUGUUUGAUCAGUGCAUUGGUCUUAGUUUUUUUCUUCAUGUAGGGUAUACUAGAGUAACAGUGGCAGUUUGUGCAUACUUUUGGUGUAGUGGAAUUUCUAAGCAUGGUAACAUACUUUCCAUUAUUACACAUCUCAGAUAGUGCAUGUAUUUUGCUAUGAUUGGUCAAUUAAGUGUAGCAUAUUUUGCUGUGUGACUGCUAAAUUUAAAAGUUUGUUUGAAUUGGAAUCCUUUUCUUUUAUUUGAACCCAGAGAUAUAAUAAUUAUCUUACUAACGGAGUUCAAGGUCUGUGCUGUAAGUUAAUAUGGACCAAGUUUCUUUCACUAGGAUUUAUGGCCUAAGUGAAAAAAAAUUUGGUCUAUAACAUAAGUAUGGACCUCAAACUCGUUUAGUGCAAGGUUGGUAUAAACCAAAACCUAUAUUGUUUUUAUUGGUUUUCUUCAGCUUGGUAACUGAUACACUGGAUCAGGUAUCAGUCCAAUAUAACCAUAUAACACUUUACUGAUUCAGUUUAUUAUAUCAAUAAAAUUAAUUUUAUUUCAAGAGUUGAGGUCGAUACAUAGUAGACAAAAAAACACUGAUUGAAAUAUUUUGAUUUAAACAAAUAUAUAUUAGAUAAAUAAAUACUCAGAUAAAUCGAUUCAUGAACAAAUACAGUGUACAAAUGUGUCUCUUUAACUGGGUGCAAGGGAACUUUUGUUGGGCUUUCAGCCAAUACAUUAUCAAUAUUGUAACAGCUAGCGAACUAGUUUGAUUAUUCCAUGCCGGAAUACUUCUGUUAGAUUCUUCGCAUCUACUCUAGCGGUUGCGAAAUAACAAUAAAACAUGUGAUAAAGUCA